AUGCAGCAAGUGGACGAUCCCCCCUAUUUGACUGUUGGAACGGAAGUUAGCGCCAAAUACAAGGGGGCCUUCUGCGAGGCGAAAGUACGCAAGGUGGUACGGAACAUCAAAUGCAAGGUCGCGUACAAGCAUCAGGGCCUCGGGUCCGGCGUCGUAUCGGACGAUCAGAUCAAGGGCGCGCUGCGUGUCGGGGCCACGGUCGAGGUGCGGCACCCGGAGCGCAAGGAGUACGUGGAGGCCACGUUAACCAAAAUCCAGGACUGCUCCCAGUACACAGUGGUGUUCGAUGACGGAGACAUCACGACGCUCCGGCGGAGCGCCCUAUGCCUGAAGAGUGGCCGCCACUUUAACGAGAGCGAAACACUCGACCAACUUCCGCUCACACACCCGGAACACUUCGGUAAUCCGGUCAUCGGUGGCCGCAGGGGUCGCAGAUCACGGCACCUGAUGCCCGACGAUAGCUCGGACGAGGACGAUGAACCAACGCCCCACUCGCGGUCGGCCGCCAGCGAUAAGGAGGAAAACAUUGGCAAGGUGGUAUGCGUCGAGACAAGCGACAACAAGAAGAAAAACCCGAAGGAAAACUGGUUCCCGGGGCUGGUGGUAGCCCCGACGGCCCAGGACACGGUUCGCAUCCGAGUGAAGGAUGAGUACCUGGUGCGCUCGUUCAAGGACGGCCGGUACUACACGGUGCCGAAGAAGGAAGCGUCCGAGUUUACGCGGGACAGCGUGAACAAAUCGGAAGCGGCCGCCGUGUCUGCCGCGAUCGAGUACAUGGACAACGACGUGCUGCCACCGCACUGGGACCGCGAGGCACUGUUCGGAAUGGCGGCCAGCUGUAGCGACUCGGAACAGGAGCUCGAAACGGACAGCUCGGACGAUGAGCCGACCGAGGAGAAGGACCACUUCGUGGCGCAGCUGUACAAGUUCAUGGACGAUCGUGGGACGCCCCUGAACAAGGUGCCUUCGAUCAUUAACCGGGACGUGAAUCUGUAUCGUCUGUUUCGGGCAGUCCAGAAGCUGCACGGCUACAACCGGGUCACGAGCCAGAACCAGUGGAAACAGAUUGCGCUUCGUUUGGGCUUCUCGCCGGCCACUGCCAGCAUCACGAAUCUGGUGAAGCAAGCGUACAAAAAGUUCCUGUUCUCGUUCGAAGAGUUCAACCGGAAGCUUGGCUGCACGAUGGUGCCGCACCCGAAGACUAGCCGCUCGAAGGGCCGCAGCCUGGUGCGGGCCAGCUCCGUGCAGUCGCCGAAGCUGCCGGAGAAGGAAAAACUAACCGCCAAGGAACGGGCAGCAGCGGUGGCGGCCGCGGCCUGUGUCAAUGCGAGUGCCAAUGCUUCAUCCGGUAGUUCCGGUUCGGGGGGUGCCGGUGGUGAUGCGACUGGUGGUGCGACCGGGAACUCGGCCGUCGACGAAUCGGGCAACACCAGUGAGUCGAGUACGGCCGAAAGUGCCACCCUGCGACCGACCACCAGCAGCAAGCGUAAGGCGGUGGCACACGGUGGUAGUAAGGUCAGGGCACUGGUCGAUAAGUUCGAGGAGAAAGACAAAGACCGGGACAAGGAGAAAUCGGGCACUUCGUACGGGGCGAAAUCGGCCGACGGUGGAGGAAAAAAGGAAGAAAAAGAUGGUGGACCCAUGCAAGGAACGGUGGUGGCGAUGGCGGUGACGGGGAAAAAGGAAAAGGUGGCCAGCAAGCUCGCUUCGAAAACGAUCGACACGAUCGUGGAGAAGCGUGGCCGCAAACGGAAGGAUGCCGAUUCGGUCGAUUCAAAAAGGGACGAUCGUGAAGGAUCAUCAGGCGGAGGCGGCAGUGGUGGAAGUGGCGGGAACACCACCGUUGGCGGAGGGCCAUCCAGUGCCAAACCGGAAAGGCUUUCCGCGGCGUCAUCCAGCGCUACUGGUGGCAGUGGUGGCAGUGGUCCCAACGGCGGUGGUCCUGGCAGUGGAUCAGGCACCGCAGGCCACAGCAGAGGCAUUAGCCCCGGUGGUGCAUCGGCACCCGAUUUCCCCAUCGAAGCAGGCGAUAAGCUCAAAGUGUACUACGAUGAGCAGAAAGUGACGUACGAAGCGAAGGUGAUCGAAAUUGCAAUCCAAGAGGGAAGCCCGAUUUACUUGGUACACUACACCGGUUGGAACACAAGGUACGACGAAUGGGUUCGGAAGGAGCGUAUUGCGGAAAACUUAACCAACAACAAAACGAAAAAGGGCAAAUCCAAUUCAAGUUCUAGUUCGUCGAAUAAUGCCCCUGCCGGUGGCAAAUCCGGGCCCGGAUCUGGUGGCGAUAAAACGCCCCGAGUCGGCAAACGGAUCCGUGGCAACUCCAAGGGUGACGGUGGUCCGGGAGGAGGCGGUAUGACCCCUCGGGCGACAACGCCGAACGUUGGUCGCACAAAGUCACCGGCCACACCGUCGAACCGGCGGCCACUGACCCGGGGUGGUUCCGCGGCCAACUCCGGCUCGCUCUCGUCCGUGACGGCCGCCGCUGCUGCACUGGCCGGUCGAAGAACCUCGAACAAUACGGACAUUUCGUCCUCGCUGUCGGUACCAACCGAUCCGGACAACACAAGUGACACCGAUUCGGAUGAGCCGAUGAUGAAAAAGUGCACCACGAACAGCACCUCGUCGACGACCUCGUCCAACUCGUCCAUCUCGAUUUCGUCCACGAGCACGAAAGUAAGUACUACCGCCGAGGCCGGUUCGUCGUCCGAUGCUGCGGCCAUCUCCGACGAGUUUUCCAACGGUGCAGCAACCAAGGGUGGUGGUGGUGGUCGUGACUAUGAUCUCAAACAAAUCCGUUCGGAGAUGAAGGGAGGUUUCAAGGAGCUCAAAUCGCCUGGCUCACCGGCUUCUGAUACGACCACCACGACGACAACGACCACGACGGCGACCGGUGCGGCCGGUGAUGGACCAUCGGUGAGCUCCAACCCUUCGACGGACCUGGCAAGACACAAGCUACAACCGAAGCAGGAAGCUACAACCGCACGAAGUGGUACGGCGCUGACGACGUCGGUAGCACAGGUCGGCGGCACCGUCGGUGCCAUCAAGGAGGAACCAACGAUCGGGAGCUGCGUGAAAGAGGAAGAAUCUACCGUAACGGAGGAGGACGAUGAACCGGGGAAGUCAUCCGAAUCGGAAACGCUCAGCGAGGAAGACAGCUCACAGUCGUCGAACAAAGCGUUCUCCAGCUCGCCGAUCACGACGAUGGUCGAUUCGGACACGGCCGAAACGCCACUGCAAGGCAGCAGUGGAGGAACACUGAUCGUCUCCAGUCCCAAGCUGUCCUCGUCCCCGGAACGUUCCGGUGUGCUUUGUGAUCAGGAAGAUUCCUCGUCCACCGAUGCGCCACUCGUGCGUCCGGGCACCACGGCCGCCGCUGCCGCCGCCGCUGCGAGGAUGACGGAGGGGAAAGGGCUACUUGGAAGCAUCAAACCCGAACCGACGGUGGUGAAGGAAGAAAGUAGUCCGUCAGUUAGUAAACCACCGAUCAAAACGUACGGAACAGCGGCGACCAUCAUCGCCAACUCAGAAAAGAUGGCGUUUUGUAGCUUGCGUGACGUGUCUUCUGAACCCGGGGCCAGUGUUACUAUCGGCGACGCUAAACCACACCUCGAGUCCAUCCCGACCGGUGAGGCAGUGAAACAAGAGUCUCCGGUUAAAGCGCCGCCACUGGACCAAUCACUUACUCCCGUGGCGCAGGGAAGUUGGUCGAAGAAGGAAGAGGUCGAUGUAAAGGUUUCUCACCUACCGACCGCGAAGCAGUCACAGGUAACACAGUCAGCGGUCGCCGCGUCGAAAGCGACGGUGGUCAAGAGUGAACCAGGUUCACCUGCUCAGAGCGUUAUAACGAUAACCAGCCCCGGUACCGGUGGGCUUUCCGGUCAAACGAAGGCAAUCAAAUCACCCAAAUCCUCUUCGCUCGCCACGUUGGACGAAAGUGCCGGCUCCGUGAUCGGUAAAACGCUGAGCAAUGUGCUUUCCGCGAGUUCGAUCUCUUCCACGUCAGCAGUACCGGUCCCGGCGGCGGCAGCGGUGAUGGCGGUGGCACCGGUAUCGGUAGCGCCAUUUUCGAUCGCACACGCCGCCGGCAGUAAUAGCAGCACGUUGGCCGCUCUCCGGGCGGAGAAGAAACAUUUUUCAACCGUCAGCAGCUCAACGGCCGCAAACCUCGCGGGGGUUCCCAGUGGGGUCGCGUCUGAGAAGAAAGGCGCACUCGUCAGCAGUAACCCCGUAUCAGCGGUAGCAGGCCCACCAUCCGCGAAUGUUGGCCCUCUAAAACACGGUACGCAGCUGUUGGGGGAAAAGAAACACUUUUCCUCAUCCACGCUUACGCCGGCCCAGAACAAGUUGCUCAGCAAGGAGGCACUUUCGAUCAAGUCAAUAUUCGAGUCGACCGCCAACCGGAUGGAUGAGAAAAUUUCCGACAUCUAUGAGUUUAAGGAGGCCGAAGACGAGUUUGAUGACCAAGAGGCGACCGGUGCCAGCAGAAAGCUCGUCUCGGACGUGCCCCCGGCCGAAGUUGUCAGCUCGCUUACGCCAGCCCUCGUUGCGUCGCCGGUGGCUUCCGCCGGCACCACUGCGCUGUUGGAUGAUAAACGCAAGAAACCAUUGCAGCGUAAAGCUCUGCACAACACCGAACCACAGAUCGAUACGACACCACUCGGCAGUGGUGGCUAUAGUGCGGUGAAACGAACGAAAAAGGUGUCCCCACACAAACCGGUGGCAGCGGUCGAACUUCCGACCACUACGGAACCAGCAAAGCCAGCGAAAAUUGGUGUCCGUCGUGAGACGAAGGAAAAGGACGAUCAAACCGACCCAACAGCGAAUGUGCGUGCAACGCCUGCUGUGCCGGUCGAUAAAACUACACCACAGAAGGCUGCUAUUUUGUCGUCGUCAGUAGCAACUACCGUGGUGCCAGCAGCGGGGCUUACAACACCGUUCAGCACGAUCGUCACUCCCGUCAAGAGUGAUUCGACGUUUGAUGUGCUGCGUAAAUCGCCAAGUUUCAACCUUGUGGCCACACCCCUGACCAAGGAUGAGGCAGUUAAGGCGCAGGAGGAAACUAAAACCACGACCACGGCUGUGGCGUCGGCGACGACAGCGUCCAUCGGUGCACCACCGUUGGUUACGGCCACGGCACCGGGAAUCUUCACACCGGUUAUUGCCGGCACACCGAUCUCUGCAUCAGGUGAUCGCAGUUCGAGCGGCAAUUUGAUGACUGCGCCCGGCAAAGGACCGUCCACUUCCGUCCUGCUGGCGAUUGCGGUGGACGAUAAGCAAAAGGAAGAACCAACGUUAGAGAACUGCAAAAAGUACUUUAACGACAUGAACUUUGAGUUCGAUGCACCGACCGUCAAAAAGCCGCCCUCGAUCGCGGACAAAGUGCUGAAGGCACUGAGUCAACAGCAACAACAGCAACAGCAGCAGCACUCCAUGCCCACCGUCAAGUCAGAAAAGAUGGACUUUCUUCCAUUGAAGUUUAUGGCCAGCUCGAUGCAUCAUCACCCGCUGAUGCAUAGCAGUAAACCGACACCGAUCGCCAGCAGUGCACUGGGCGCACUGGACACUCCGUUGGCGAUAUCAUGCGCUUCUUCAAUCGUUCCCAGCACCGGAGGCAGUGGAGUGUCGUCCGUCGUAAAACUGGAAUCAUCCGCAACGCUCUACUCUCUGACUCCGGUGCCACUAAAAGCGGAUCCCUCGGUAGCAGAGCAGCAGGCAAAGAAAGAACCAACGCCGCCAGUCACUCCGGUACGACAAGAAUCAGAAGAACCAUCGCGGGUUGUGCCAAUGGUUGGUGCUCUGAAACAGAACAAUUCUCCGCUGGCCAGCAGUGCAACGCCGACCACGGUUUCGGUACUAUUAAAAUCGCCAUCACAACAGAGUGCUGGUAGCCACGGCAAACUGCUGGACCACAUUCCUCCGGCAGCUCGGAACAAUGACCUCACGGAGUCGAUCGGGAAGCUGGACGAUCCACGAUCGUCUUUCGCACACGAUGACGAGUCCACCGACAGUAACGAUUCCGAGCACCGGCUCAUUAUUGAGGAUGCGGAAUCGCAGGGCAGUGGCGAGCCACCACUUCCAUCCGGUCCGGCCCAUCUUACAACCUUUGCUGCCGCGACACCACCGACCACCGAUCGUAUAAAUGCUCCCGGACAACCGGAGCGUGCCACAACCACCGCAACGGCAGUGAUCGUACACUACGAUCAAAGUAUGAAGCUUCAAACGUCAAACGUGGUUUGUGCGAAAAAGGAACUGUUUGAGGAGAAACCACGGACCAGUAUCACAUCGACGGCGGCGACUGUUGUCACAUCGUCACAGCCAUCCACCACCUCGAUUACCCUCGAGAUGGCUUCGGCCGCGUCGGCGGCUGCAGUUGCAGCAGUUGCGGACAAGGAGAAGAUCAUUUUCGGGCACGACGCAACGACAACCGCAUCGCAGCCCAAGGACGAACCGAUUUCAACCCCAUCAACUGUACACCGUACACCACCGUCUUCAUGCUCCUCCGGAGCGAUCACCAUAACCACCGUGGUAGUGGCGGACAAACCGAAGGCGCCGAGCGGUGGCGGUGCCAAGCAAAGUUUGCUGGAAACGAUCAUACAGAGCGAACUGAACACGGUCAACCGUGGGCUCGGCUCGGAGAGCUAUUUGAAACUGAAAGAACAGACGGAUCACCAGGCAGAAAUUGAUCGCUUGCAGCAACAGGUGGCGCUAACCGUUUCUUCCUCAAGCUCCGUUCCGUCGACGUCGGUCAUUACUACUUCAAGUGGGAUUCAAGAACGGUGCCAACUGGUGGAUGACAAGCUAGGGCAACAAUCUUCCUCUCAACAACAGCAGCAGCAGGCAAACAAUGAAUCUCUCUCGCUGUUACUCUGCGAGGAGACAAUCCCCGGUUCACCGGCCCCGAAAGAUCACGAUCGUUUGCCACCGGCCAGUGGGGGCCGAAAGGUGUACGCCGAGCCUCCGCUCGCAUCCGCCUUUCUACCACCGCAAUCCAUUCAGACGGCCAGCGAUCUGAAGCACGUACCGAUGGAUCUAGAACCGCCGGUGGUGACGAUCACGAUCGCCGGAAAUACGACGAUCAGCAGCACGAGUAGCGUACAAGGUGGUGGUGCUCCGUUUGGCCACGCUUCACAGCAAUCGUCGCGCGUGAUGGGACCGCUCGGUGCCAAAGGUGGUGGCGAGUCUGCGGUCGAUACACCGAACAGUUCACCACGGGAUUCCGUCAGCCAGGAUGAGACACACGAUCAAGAGUCGUCACCGCUGAAGAAACGGCGCCAGCGCAAACCGAGUGAAGAACCGACUCACAAGCGGCGGCGGACGGUGAACUCCAGCUUUGGUGGUGGUGGGUACAGCAGUGCAAACAAUGGUGGUGGUUCCAGCAGUGGCUACGGUCGCAGCCAGCGAGGAACGGCCACAAACAACGCUUCCGACAGUGAAGACAAUUCGGACUCACUGGCCGCUUUCCAUCGGGCGUCGGCCCUCAUUACCGGUGGCAAAUCGGGCCGCGCUGGCCAGUACAACUUCCUGGUGAACCUCGACCCCAGUCUAAACACCAACCAGCGCAUAGCGAUACUGAAAAAGAAGAUUCAGGAACUGCGCAAAACGUACAACGCCAUCAAGGCCGAACUGGCCAGCAUCGACCGGCGGCGCAAGAAGCUUCGACGGCGCGAGCGGGAAAACAAAAAGCAGGCCAAACUAAACAGUGCCAGUGCGACGCAAUAAGAAUCGGAGUGUCACUUCUUCGGUUUACCAAACGGACGGCGGUUUUGUUGGUAUGUUCUUUUGCACUUUUCUCGACUUUCGACGCAAUAGGCUUCAGAACAAUGUUUGGACUUUCAUCUAGGAACACACCGAUAUCAAUAUGUUCUCUUAUUAAGUGUGCUCUCGUGUUUUUUUAUUAACCUUAUCGUGGUAUCUGACACACCACAAACCGGUGUAGAAAUGUGCACGUGCACAUAAACCAGCAAGUCGGGUGUGUAAAAUAUCUCCCUUAGGAUAAGCCAGCUCUUUUACUCGGAAACAUAUUAAAAAUUGUUACUAAAACGGAAACAGUGCAAAGCCGUACUGUAUAGUGUUUAGGUUUUGUAAAAACUGUUUUAAUGUCUCAACCGCCCUACAUAAAACAAACUCCGGAUCGUUUCCCGAGACAGGAGAUAGGUCCUUUAGCGGUAGUGCGCAAGCUUUUAAUAGAAGAUUUCGUUUUUUUUCUAUUUACCAGCCGGUAAAAACUCUUCAGUAAUAAACUA